AGGAGCUAUACAGGAGCGGCCCAUACCACCCGACUUGUUACUGUAGACGUUUGCCUUGCAAGAUGCUUGAAUGGGCUGUCACAGGCCUGCUCCUGGUUGCGAAGGCGCUGGGCCUCGUCGUUACGAUCCUGGUUAUCUUGGGACUUGAUCUUUACCCGCGCUGGAAGUUGAGGCACCUGCCAGGACCUCCCGCGCUUCCUUUCGUGGGCAACCUGCCGACAAUCAUCAGGUUGGGCUCCCCAACCUUCUUCAGGCAAUGUCGUGCCAAGUAUGGACCAGUGUUCAAGGUUGCGUUCGGUCGUACCUGGAUGGUGGUGGUGGCGGAUCCUGAUCUCAUGAGACAGGCUGGCACCAAGCUGCUGAAUCACUCCAUGUUCCGUACCCUCAUGCGCGGCGAGUAUGCCAGGCUGGACGACUGGGGCCUUGUCUCCGCGCGAGACGCCUACUGGCGCCUCGUGCGUUCCUCCUGGCAGCCCGCCUUCUCCUCCGCCAGCCUGGCCGGCUACCUGCCCCGCAUGCGGCAGUGCGCGGGGGAGCUGGCGGACAGGAUGCGGGCGCGCGCGGAGGCGGCAGCAUCAGCGGUGGGAGGAGGAGGAGGCGCGCGGGUGGACAUCUGGAGGGAGCUGGGCAGCAUGACGCUGCAGGUGGUGGGAUCCACGGCGUACGGGGUGGACUUCCAGGCCAUGGAGCCCCUUCCCGGCGACCCGAAGCUAGACAGCGACCCGAAGCAACAGGGGGGCCAGCUGCCGUACGUCGCACCAAGCGAGCAGCAGCGCCAGCAGCACCAGCAGUACGGCAGGGUGCUCGUGGAGGCGUGUCGUGACGUCUUCAAGUACAGCAGCGUUGCACACGGCAGCAAGUACUCCCGACUCAACGUGCUGCUACCCGAGCUGCGCCCGCUGGUCUCCCGCCUGGCCCACGCGCUGCCUGACAAGCCCUUCAGCGCCCUGCUCCAAGCGCGCAAGGCCCUGAGGGACGCCUGCAUGCACCUCAUCGCAGAUUGGAAACGUACGACAACAGCAGCUGGGACAUCUGCUGGGGCGGCGGGGACAGCGGUUGUCGGCAACGGAGGUGUGACGACCGCCAACGGCAGUGGUGCUGGCGACGAGGCAACUACUAACAGCGUCACCGCGGCUGCAACUACCGAAAAGGAAAAGCAGGGGGGCGCCAGUGCUCCUGCUUCUGCUGCUGCUGCUGCUCCUGCUGUUGUCACUGGCGCUCCUGCCGUCUCCCCGGGCAGCUUCCUGGGGCUGAUGCUGUCGGCUCGCGAUCGGGCCACUGGCGAGGGCCUUACGGAUGACCAAGUGGCCGCGCAGGUGCAGACGUUCAUUCUGGCGGGCUACGAAACCACCGCAAACGCGCUGGCCUUUGCAAUCUACAACAUCGCGAAGCAUCCGGAGGUUGAAUCCCGGCUGACGGCGGAGAUCGAUUCGGUGCUAGGAGGCAGGCCCCCCCAGGAGUCCGACCUGCCGCUGCUGUCGUACACUGAGGCCGUGUUCAAUGAGGCCAUGCGGCUGUACCCGCCGGCGCACGGCACCAACCGCCGGGUGGAGGACACGCCCCUGCAGCUGGGCGGCCACACCAUCCCGCCCGACAUGCCCAUCUUCAUGAGCAUCUACUCGCUGCACCGAGACCCCGCCGUGUGGCCCCGACCCGAGGAAUUCAUCCCCGAGCGCUUCUUGCCGACCUACCCGCUGCACCCCUCCGUAUGCGCCCGCCUGCCGGCCGCGCACGCACCGUUCGGGUACGGCAGCCGCAUGUGCAUCGGCUGGAAGUUCGCGGUGUGCGAGGCCAAGGUGGCGCUGGCAGCACUCUUCCAGCGUGUCACCUUCGUGCUGGAGCCGGGGCAGGAGCCGCUGAGGCUGGCGGUGGGGAUCACCCUGGCGCCGCGGGAUGGGGUGUGGGUGCGGCCGGUGGCCAGGGAGCAGCAUGCGGCGGCGGCGGAGGAGGCAGGGGGCCGGCAGGGGGGUAAAGAGGAAAGAACGGAGUAACCGUGUGAUAAGGCUGGCGUGUUUUCGUAGGUAAAGGAAGAUGGGGGAAGAUCUUGAGAACGGAGUAACCGUGUGAUAAGGCUGGCGUGUUUUCGUAGGUAAAGGAAGAUGGGGGAAGAUCUUGCAUUGAAUGACAACGGCAUCAUGCGUUAAAUGAUGGUGGAGCAACAGUAGAGAGGGAGGAGAAGUUCGGUGCCUGCGAGUAUUGGCAUGUGUACAAUAGGACGGCGACAGCGCCGGAUGUGUUGUAUAAUGACAGGAUGGCAGCAAUGGCAUGUGACGUGUAUGGUAUGGUCAGCAGGGCAGGAGGUGCACCCUUGAAUCCGAUGGGAUGGUAAGACGUGGAGAGGGUGAAAUCACCUAAGCCGCAGGGUGGCUGCGUGAGGGCCCCUACGACCAUCAGGAUUUCUGGACGGAUUUAGAACUCUGGAUAGAUAGCAACCCUGGUUAGAUCGCAACUCUGGACAGUCAGCAUACACAGCAGCUGCUGUGGGGCCGGAGCGUUUGAGCGGCCGUCGCGGACCAUGGGUCAGCUGUGACAUGUAGGCAUGAGUCGCAUGCUGUACAUGCGAUUCCGUCCCCCCUUUUGUCACAGUAUAUGGUGCCCUGGCGUUCUAGUACUCGGGCAAAGGUGCAAUAGCGGAGGUGCCGUGG